AAAAAAAAAAAAAGAUCAGCAGCACAGCUCCAAAGUGCAGCAGCUGCCACAAGCUGGGAGUGAUUGGACAGAGCUGGGAUUGAGUUUAUUUGACGUAAUCAGUCUGCCGCAUUUGUUUAAAGAUGCCGGAGUUUCUCGAUACAGGGACUCCUAAUUUUGACAAGCAGCAAGUGCUGCAGAUUGUCGAACGUCUACAGAGGAAACUGAAUGAUAAGGGUGACCUGAGCCACCAUGAGAAGAUUUGUAUCUUGCGGGACACCCUGACCAGCCCCCUGUUUAAUCAGAUACUGACUGUGCAGCAGUCCAUUAAACAACUGAAAGAGCAGCUGAACCGCAUGCCAGCUGACCGUUCUGCGGAAUUUGAUUUCACCAAGAAAGGCUUAUUGGUAUUUCAAGCAGACUCUUCUGCCCACUUGGGAAACAAGACGGACUCUUUGUCCUUUGACAACUUUGUUACGUCGCGACUCGACCAGGAGAACGAGGGAACCGAUGAAUUCGACAGGAAGAUUCAGCAGAUGGCCGCGGGUCGGCAAAUUGAAUAUAUAGAUAUAGAAAAGCCUACUGUCGGAGGCCUCGGUUUUAGUGUGGUGGCGCUGAAAAAUGGCGGUGGGGGAGAUGCCGGUGUGUUUAUCAAAGGAGUGCAAGCGGGAAGCAUUGCAGACAGGGAUGGACGUCUUAAGGAAAAUGACCAGAUCCUGGCAAUUAAUUACACCCCAUUGGACGUAACCGUCUCCCACCAAGAGGCCAUAUCUCUGCUCCAGCAGUCUUCUGGAUUCUUACACUUGGUGGUAGCUAAACUGCCGGCGCCCAUUACUACUCAGAGCCAAACUAACCAGAUGAAUGAGCAAAUGUGUUGGGGCCACGUGGAAGAAAUUGAACUCAUUAACGACGGCUCGGGAUUAGGGUUCGGGAUUGUUGGCGGAAAAGCCAGCGGGGUAAUUGUCAAAACGAUCUUAACCGGAGGACUGGCUGAUCAGGAUGGAAGAUUAAAGACCGGAGAUCAUAUCUUGAAAAUUGGAGAUACCAAUGUCCAAGGAAUGGCCAGCGAUCAGGUAGCCCAGGUGUUAAGGAAUUGUGGAAAUUCUGUCCGGAUGGUUGUGGCUCGAGAUCCUGUUGGAAAGACUCCCAUGAGACCUUCACCUCCACCUGCUCCAGCCACGUUGCCAGUGGGGUCAGUGCCUCCUUCGGAGGUGAGGAAUGUCCACACUGAUAGUCCGGAUGGUAAUCUGUAUGAUGUCGCACUUACUAAGAAGGAAGGCCAGAGUCUUGGAAUUACCAUCAUUGGAUACACCGGUUCAAACAGCGGAGGCUCUUCAGGUAUUUUUGUGAAGGGGGUCAUACCGGGCAGUGCUGCGGACCAGAGUGGAUGCAUUCAGGUUAAUGACAGAAUUGUAGCUGUGGAUGGUAUAAACAUCCAGGGUACGUCCAAUCAAGAUGUUGUGGCUGCACUACGUAACACUGGACAGACUGUCAACCUGACCCUUUCCAGGGGUAUAGUGCCAACCAGCCCACCACCUCUACCAGAGAGUCCUCCAAGCAAAGAAGUGCCAAGCGUGACACUGCCUCCGCUGCCUGCUGUUCCGCCGAUGGGUGAAAUAAAAGAGGUCCCGGAAGGUCCACCACAUGAUGCAGGGUACCAGGAACAAACCGAUAACUAUAGAAAUGAGCUGCGAGCAGGCCCCCUGACUCCUGAGACUGAAGCAUUAAAAUCCAAGUGGGAGAAGCGCCUUGGCCCCGACUAUUUAGUUAUGGUUGUCGAUCUGGAUACAAAAAUAGAAGAUGAUGAAGAGCUGCAGAAAUACUCCAAGCUUUUGCCCAUCCACACUAUGAGACUGGGAGUUGAACUUGACUCUUUCGAUGGCCACCAUUUUAUAUCGUCCAUUGCUCCUGAAGGUCCCGUUGCCAAACUUGGAAUUUUGCAGCCAGAAGAUGAACUCCUGGAGGUCAACCAGGUGCAGCUCUACGGAAAGUCACGCAGGGAGGCAAUUUCAUUCCUCAAAGAAGUACCUCCUCCCUUUACACUGGUCUGCUGUCGUCGAUUGGUUGAUGAUGAAAACGACAACUUUGCGAAUGAUUCAAAAUCUUUGAGGAUCCAAGAUGAAAUGGAAGAAGAUGUUUUCCAGACACCACAAGCAGUUGGCUCUGCGCAUGUUAGUAAGUCAGUAGAAGACACAGCUCGUGAACUUCAGUUAAACAAUGAAGAAGACGACGGAGAGUUGACUUUGUGGUCUCCAGAUGUGGAAGUUGUUGAACUGGUGAAAGACAAAAGAGGGCUCGGGUUCAGUAUUCUGGAUUAUGAGGAUCCUUUAGAUCCAGCACGGACGGUGAUCGUGGUUCAGUCUCUGGUCGCAGGUGGCAUGGCAGAGGAAAGCGGCCAGAUUCUGCCGGGCGACCGCCUGCUCUUUGUAAAUGACAGUUUUAUGGACAAUGCCUCGCUGGAUGAUGCUGUGCAAAUAUUAACAUCUGUCCCGCCGGGGAAAGUCCGCAUUGGCCUUUGCAAGCCGCUGGUGAAUGAAAUGAAAGGUGACACUGUGUACAUUCCACAUAGAGGAGAAUCGGGGGAUAAUAUGGACGCUGCAAUAGAAGAUGCAUCACUACGGUCUAAUCGUUACCAUGUACAAUACAAAGUGGAGCCCUUCUUGGAACAAGAGGAGUUGGUUGACGAGCCAUUGUCGGCGAUGGGACCAGCUUUCAACUUACAAGACGAUAAUACAAAGGCUGUGCAAGAGUUGUGGGAAAUGCACGAAUUGGAGGGCUUUGCAGAGGAAAGGGAGAUGCUGGUGGAUGAAGAGUAUACAGAACAGGGCGAGCCACAUCCCUACGCCAAUCAGUAUAGUCUGAAUUAUAAUGGAAUCCGCUCCGAGGAGAACCCGUCGUAUAGCCAGCCCUGGCUAGACAAUGCAGACUAUAUUGAACAGACUGACCCUGGAGUAAUGUCAGUGGAUCCUGUAAAUACAUAUGCUUCCGAAAUGGAGGUCCAAAAUCCAGAGGACAUUAACAUCGAACUAGAAGGUGAUUUUCCUGCUCUCAAGGAACCCGGGAUUGUGUUUGACCCAGAUGUAAUUGCCAUAGGAAGGUACAUCACAAGGCAAAGAGAGUCUGGAGUGAAUGUGACCUCUGCAACUCAUCAUACAACGAACCAGCUGUCUGCUGAACUACCUGAGCGGGAAGAAGGGGAAGGAGAAGAAACGCCAACAUUUAGCCACUGGGGGGCUCCGCGUGUUGUUGAGAUAUGGAGAGAACCUCAAGUUUCCUUGGGAAUCAGUAUCGUCGGAGGGCAAAGCAUCAUUAAACGCUUGAAGAAUGGAGAGGAGCUAAAGGGCAUUUUCAUAAAGCAAGUUCUGGAGGACAGCCCCGCUGGGAGAACCAAAGCUUUAAAGACUGGAGAUAAGAUUCUAGAGGUCUCCGGAGUAGAUCUGAGGGAGGCCACUCACGAUGAAGCUGUGGCCGUCAUAAAAAAUGCAGGAAAUCCAGUUGUUUUCGUCAUUCAGAGUUUGUCUCCAGCCCCACGGUUGCAGUCCAUCAUGAAUCCCAAAGCUUCAAAUUUUAACAAAGACGAUGAAGGCAAAGAUGAACAGAACGUGUCUCCUGUGCCUGCAGGUCCUCCGCCACCACCAAUGAGGCUGCCCCCUCCGUACAGAGAGAGCACAAGUUCUGAGGUGGCAGGGCUUGAAGAAGAAGAAGAGGAGGAGGAGAGUGACGAGAAAAUAAGUCAGAGAUAUGCUGAGCUUCCGGGGGAGCUGCACAUUGUCGAGCUGGAGAAGGAAAAAAAUGGACUUGGCCUCAGUUUGGCAGGUAACAAGGACCGAUCACAGAUGAGCAUCUUCGUGGUAGCCAUAAAUCCGGAUGGACCUGCCGGAAGAGACGGGAGAAUCCAAGUUGGAGAUGAAUUAUUGGAGCUGAACAAUAACAUUUUGUUUGGAAAAAGCCAUCAGAAUGCAUCUGCCAUUAUUAAGUCUGCGCCUUCCAAACUGAAACUUGUGCUUAUAAGGAAUGAAGAUGCCGCUCGCCAGAUGGCCAUCGGCCCCUACCCGCUGCCAGCAAGUUCCCAAUUCUCCAAUCAGGAGGCGCCUGGAGUCUCAGUAUCCAGCAGAGCAGAUGACAGUGGUUUGGGGGAACCCAGGAGAAGCUACACCGACGUGGAAACAAACACAAGCGAGAGUAAAGUGAAGUUCAGUGGCCAGACUCUGGAGGCGGUGGAGGAGAAGAAUGUGCUGGACCAAGAAAGGAUCGCCAGCCAGCUAAGACAACCUAAAACUAGCGCCAAGAUUCCAUACAGUGCGCAGGACAUACAGCUGACCCCGGCACAACCCUACAUUAUUCCCGAACCGGAUAUCACCAACCAGAGGAACAUCUCGUCUCCGUCGGUUCACUUUGACCCGGCAACAUGUCCUAUUAUCCCAGGGCAGGAAAUGACCAUCGAGAUCUCCAAAGGGCGAUCGGGUCUUGGACUCAGCAUCGUGGGUGGGAAAGACACUCCGCUGGAGGCGGUGGUGAUACAUGAAGUGUAUGAAGAAGGAGCUGCAGCGAGAGAUGGGAGACUCUGGGCAGGUGAUCAGAUUCUAGAGGUCAACGAUGUGGAUCUUCGGAACGCCUCCCACGAGGAAGCCAUCACAGCCCUCCGGCAGACCCCGCAGAGGGUGCAGCUGGUGGUGUUUCGGGAUGAGGCCCAGUACCGGGAUGAGGACAAUCUGGACAUAUUCCUCGUGGAGCUGCAAAAGAAAAGUGGGCGUGGCCUGGGACUGAGCAUCGUUGGGAAAAGGACCGGCAGCGGAGUCUUCAUAUCUGACAUCGUCAAAGGGGGGGCCGCCGACUACGACGGGAGAUUAAUGCAGGGGGACCAGAUCCUGUCAGUCAACGGCGAGGACGUGCGCAACGCCUCCCAGGAAGUCGUCGCCGCUGUAUUAAAGUGCGCUCAAGGACUUGUUCAUCUGGAGAUUGGAAGGCUGAGAGUCGGCUCUUGGCUGUCGUCCAGGAAAUCUUACCCGAGCAGUCAGGUCAGCCAGAACAGCUCUCAGAGCGCACCGCCAGCCGCGUACGCCCCUGCCGGCUCCAGCUCACAGAAUUACGCGCAGAGAUCCUCGGCGCCAUCCUCUCAGAGGAACUCCGGUAUGGAACUGGAGCCGCGGAUUGUAGAAAUUAGCAGGGGGCCCAGUGAUGCUCUGGGGGUCAGCAUAGCUGGUGGAAAAGGAAGCCCACUAGGAGACAUUCCUGUGUUCAUCGCGAUGAUACAAGCCAGCGGAGUUGUCGCCCGCACACACAAACUGAAAGUUGGAGAUCGGAUUGUCAGUAUUAACAGGCAGCCCCUGGAAGGCUUCACUCACGCGGAAGUGGUUAACAUCCUGAAGAACGCCUUCGGUGCCAUCACCUUGGAGGUUGUAGCAGAUACGAACAUAAGUGCCAUCGCCAGUCAACUGGAGAGCAUGUCGCUGAGCCAGAGCAUGACAUCUGAGCACCCCGGCGAGGAGGCUGACAGAUCCCCUGUGCCAAAUGUAAUUCACCUGGAGAAAGGAGCGGAUGGGCUCGGGUUUAGUAUCGUCGGAGGAUACGGAAGCCCUCACGGGGAUCUUCCAAUCUAUGUCAAGACUGUAUUUACCAAGGGGGCCGCCGCGGUUGACGGCAGACUAAAACGAGGAGACCAGAUACUGGCGGUGAAUGAUGAGAGCCUAGAAGGCGUCACGCACGAAGAGGCAGUGGCCAUCUUAAAGCGGCAGAAAGGCAACGUCACUUUAACUGUGUUAUCGUAA